AUGGAUGAAAAGACAUCGAUGGCGACCAUCGAUCAACACGAUAUCGAUCAAAAGUUGUCUGAAGCCUCCGACCAUGUCCAUGAGGAAGCUCUCUCGAUCGACCCAAUGGAUGACCGAAAGCUCCUUCGCAAGGUCGACUAUCAUUUGAUGCCUAUAAUAUGUCUCUUGCUGCUGUGUCUCUUCGUUGAUCGAAUCAAUAUUGGAAAUGCACGCAUCCAAGGCUUGGAGGCGGACCUGGGAAUGGCCGGAAGUGACUACAAUAUCGCGUUGUUUGUAUUCUUCAUCACCUACGUCUUGCUCGACGUCCCGUGCAAUAUUAUGUUGAAGAACAUGCGGCCAUCUGUGUUUUUGAGCAUCACCACGGCUUGCUGCGGCAUUGUCACAAUCGGUCAAGGAGUCACGAAGUCCUUUGCUGGGCUGGUGGUCUGCCGGGUCUUGAUAGGAGUCUUCGAAGCAGGCUUCGUGCCGGGUUGUGUUUACCUCAUCUCGAUGUACUACAAGCGCCACGAACUCCAACUGCGAAUCAAUAUCUUCUAUGCCACCUCGAUUAUCGCAGGAGCAUUCUCUGGCCUGUUGGCCUAUGCAAUUGCAAACAUGGACGGCGUUGGAGGGUACGAAGGAUGGAGAUGGAUCUUUAUUCUAGAAGAAGGUGCUUUCACUGUGCUUGUUGGUCUUUUCAGCUACUAUCUCAUUCCCGACUGGCCAGAAACCGCAAAAUUCUUAUCUGUCAGCGAGCGCAAAGCCCUCUCGGAUAGGCUUACAGCUGAAGCAUUUGACGCCAGCAUGAACCACUGGAGCAAGGCUGCUGCUCGACGCAUCUUUGGGGACUUGAAAAUCUGGCUAGGGGCAUUGAUGUAUCUAGGGAUUGCAACAACCAACUAUGCAACGCUGUUCUUUACCCCAACGAUCUUAAGGCAGCUUGGAUGGACGGCUGUUAGGGCACAAAUCAUGUCGAUUCCAAUCUACCUUGCGGCAACGGCCAUUGCGUUGUUGGCCGCCGUACUCAGUGACAGGCUCAAACACCGGUUUGCAUUCAUAAUUGCAGGCUGUGUCAUGGCCAUGGUAGGCUACGCUAUUCUAUUUGCAAUGCUGGAGGUUCCAGUUGGGGCCAGAUAUUUCGCUAUCUAUCUCAUUACAUGUGGCUGUUGGCUUACACAGCCGACCACUGUUGUCUGGCUGAACAACAACCUGGGAGGCCAUUACAAAAAGGGGGUCGGUGCUGCAAUUCAACUUUCAUUGGGCAAUUGCUCAGGUUUGGUAGCAUCCAACAUGUUCCUUGCGCGCCAGGCGCCUACGUAUCACUUAGGAUAUGGACUUGGUUUCGCUCUCGUCUGGAUUUGUGUCUUCUCGGCAAUCACCUUCUUCUUCUAUAUCCACAGAGAAAACCGAUUGCGAGAUCAAGGCAAGAGAGACGACAGGUUCAAUCUGCCCCCAGAGGAGUUAGGGAAUCUCGGGGACGAUCACCCGAAUUUCAGAUUCACAUAUUGA